AUGAUAUUUAAGCAAAGAAUUUCUGAUUCCGAAGGAAUUUGGAAGUCAGAUGGAAGACGUAAAACUUUGCAGCGAAAUAACGUCAAGCAAAAGUGUUAUUUUGGUUUAUAUUAA